GGGGCGCAGGAGGAAGAGGAGGACCAACGGGCGCCGGCCGGAAGGCAGCUGGCAGCAGGCCCAGGCGAUUGGGCACCCGCGUUCAUGUUCCGCCAGGAGCAGGCGCUGGCCGAAGGCAGCUUCGCGCCCAUGGGCUCCCUGCAGCCGGACGCGAGCAACGCUAGCUGGAACGGGACCGAGGCCCCGGGGGGUGGCGCCCGAGCCACCCCCUACUCCCUGCAGGUGACGCUGACGCUGGUGUGCCUGGCCGGCCUGCUCAUGCUGUUCACGGUGUUCGGUAACGUGCUUGUCAUCAUUGCCGUGUUCACAAGCCGCGCGCUCAAGGCGCCCCAGAACCUCUUCCUGGUGUCUCUGGCCUCGGCCGACAUCCUGGUGGCCACGCUUGUCAUCCCUUUCUCGCUGGCCAACGAGGUCAUGGGCUACUGGUACUUCGGCAAGGCGUGGUGUGAGAUCUACCUGGCGCUCGACGUGCUCUUCUGCACGUCGUCCAUCGUGCACCUGUGCGCCAUCAGCCUGGAUCGUUACUGGUCCAUCACCCAGGCCAUAGAGUACAACCUGAAGCGCACACCACGCCGCAUCAAGGCCAUCAUCGUCACCGUGUGGGUCAUCUCGGCCGUCAUCUCCUUCCCGCCGCUCAUCUCCAUCGAGAAGAAGGGAGGCAGUGGUGGCCAGCAGCCGGCCGAACCGCGCUGCGAGAUCAACGACCAGAAGUGGUACGUCAUCUCGUCGUGCAUCGGCUCCUUCUUCGCGCCCUGCCUCAUCAUGAUCCUGGUCUACGUGCGCAUUUACCAGAUCGCCAAGCGCCGCACCCGCGUGCCGCCCAGUCGCAGGGGUCCUGAUGCCGCCGCCACGCUGCCGGGGGGCGCCAAGCGCAGACCCAACGGCUUGGGCCCGGAGCGCGGCGUGGGCCCCGUGGGCGCCGAGGCGGAGUCGCUGCCGACACAGCUCAACGGUGCCCCGGGGGAGCCCACGCCGGCAGGGCCGCGGGACGCCGACGCGCUGGACCUCGAGGAGAGCUCCUCGUCCGAGCACGCCGAGCGGCCCUCGGGGACCCGCAGGUCCGAGCGCGGCCCCCGGGCCAAGGGUAAGGCCCGGGCGAGCCAGGUGAAGCCCGGGGACAGCCUGCCGCGGCGCGGGCCAGGGGCGACGGGGCCGGGGGCACCCGCGGCCGGGCACGGGGAGGAGCGCGGCGGGGGCGCCAAGGCGUCGCGCUGGCGCGGGAGGCAGAACCGCGAAAAGCGCUUCACCUUCGUGCUGGCGGUGGUCAUCGGCGUGUUCGUGGCGUGCUGGUUCCCCUUCUUCUUCACCUACACGCUCACGGCCGUCGGCUGCUCGGUGCCGCGCACGCUCUUCAAGUUCUUUUUCUGGUUCGGCUACUGCAACAGCUCGCUGAACCCGGUCAUCUACACCAUCUUCAAUCACGACUUCCGCCGCGCCUUCAAGAAGAUCCUUUGCCGGGGGGACAGGAAGCGGAUUGUGUGAGCGCGGAGUCCGCGCCCCGCGAACAGACUCGCGCCGACAGAGGCAGCUGGGAUCCAGGGGCGCGUCUACGCAGUCCCAGCACUCCGAAACCCGGGUCCUGCCUAUUCCGAGUUUCUUGGCCCGAGGGUUGCUCUGCGGCGCCCUGCCGGCAUCUGCACUCUCCUACCAGAGAAAAGUACUGGCUGGGGGUGGGUGGGGGACCGUGAGGGCAACGUCCCCCCAAUUGUUCUUAGGGCCGCUCCUCACUCGGAGCCAUCUUCCUGGGUUCUUGGGCGGGCCCCCAAAUCAGUAUUGUUUCCUAAAAGUAUUUUCGCCUACCCUGGGUCCAGCUCUCACCGUGGUUCAGAGCAAGCAUGAGAGCCCAGAGGGGAUGGCUCACAAAGGGUUAAUAGAUGGGGGUACCCAGCCCUGACUCUCCUCCGCCCCGACUCUAUUUUUAAACAAAAGCUCAGGGCAGCCCUGCCCGCCUUCCUACCCCCACCCCCCUGUAAAUAUACAGUAUUUUUGAUAGUAUACGUUGUCCGCAAUGUCGCUUGGCUUUUGAUGUUGGCAUCCUGGCUGUUGGAGAUGCUCUCCAGGCAGACACAUUGUGGCUAGCUCAGGACAAGCCUCUCUGCAAUGUGAGCCCUUUUCUGUUGUCAUUACCUCCCUCUGUGUCCUUUUCACCAGUAACUGGUGACUGUCCCUUGGGACUGGACCUGCUGAGAUUUCCUGAGGGGGAAAAGAUUUCUGUCCAUUUUUUUCCCCUGUGCCUAACAGCAUAAUUGCCUUUUCCUAUGUAAAUAUUACAAUGAUGGACCAAGACAGAAGUAAAUGAACCUUUCUGCCUUGCAGCAGCCCUGUGUAUAAAGCCAUUAUCCUCUGAUGCAUCCUUCUUUGCCCCAGUACCUCACUUUAAAACCUUCUCUUUCCAGUGUCCCCUCCCUCCUUUCCUCGGGGGCCACUGCUUGAAAAAUAUGUAUGUUUCCAUCUUGUAUGUAUGUGCACCCCUCUCUCCCUCAAAGUGCUGACUGUGGGGAAUCUUUUACCUGCUGUUUUUAGACACGAAGUGGAAAUUAUGUGGAAGAAGCAAACCUGAUACAAUUUGCCCAAGGUAAACAGUUUGAAGAGACAAAUGGGCCUGCCAAACUGUACAGUUCCUGCCCCAAGAGCUCCUAGGUAUCAAAGUGUUGUCCAUUUUUUCCUCCCUAUUUUUUCUGGUUGAGAUCAAGUCAUUAAUGAACUCCCAAAGUCAAGGGAGGAGGGUGGAGACCUAGUUUACAUCCAAGUUUCCCCAUGUUUUAGACAGAGACUCUUUAAGGCCUGUGCUCUUAUUUCACUAACGAAAAACUAAUGUCAGCACAUGUUGCUAAUGACAGUGGAAUUUUUUUUUUAAAUAAAAAGUUUACAGAUCAAAUGUGAAAUAAACAUGA